UGACAGAGAAAGAGACAAUGUCUAGAGAGAGAAAGUGAGAAACAGGAGGAUUGUGUAGAGAGAGAAAGCAAAUGAGAUGAAGGAACCUUGAAGGUGUAGUAUAUAAUAAGAACAAGAAACAAGACAGCUAAGGCAAGAGUCACUUUAUUUAAAGCUUUUAGCUCUCUGUAUACUUGUGUGUGUGCAGAGUCUAGACUUCUCUCAGUUAUUGUCCCCCAUAACCUCUAUAUCAUAGGUGAGAGAGAAAUCUCUCUCUCAUCGACCUGGUUUGAGUUGCUGAAACAAUUUGGUUGUCCAUUUGUAGGACACAUUGAGUGUUCACAAAUUGUCUGUUAUCAGAAGCUGAAAUAUAUCAAUCUAUCUAUACACAGAGAGAAAAAGAUAGUUGAUUAAAAUUGGGACCAUGAAGCAUAAAGAUGGAAAACCAGCUAUUCAUCCCGACAAAACCUCAAGAAUAGUCCCCAUGACAAUAAUGUUUGUUGUGCUAUGUGGAUUCUCGUUUUAUCUCGGAGGAAUGUUCUGUUCGGGGAAAGACAGAUUGGUUGCUAAUGAAGUUGUCAAGGCAGCCAAAUCUUCGAAGGAACCGGCUACUAGUCCAACUACAGGCUCUCUCCAAGUGAAGCCAGUUGCUUUCCCUGAAUGUGGUAGUGACCAUCAAGACUACACUCCGUGCACAGAUCCAAAGAGAUGGAGGAAGUAUGGUCUUCACCGGCUUACUUUUAUGGAACGUCACUGCCCUCCGAUAUUUGAAAAGAAGCAGUGCUUGGUUCCUCCACCAGAUGGGUACAAGUCGCCAAUCAAGUGGCCUAAGAGCAGGGAUGAGUGUUGGUACAGAAAUGUGCCUUAUGAUUGGAUCAACACCCAGAAGUCUAAUCAGAACUGGCUUAGGAAAGAAGGGGAGAAGUUUCUCUUCCCUGGUGGGGGUACUAUGUUCCCGAGGGGUGUUGGUGCCUAUGUUGAUUUGAUGCAGGAUCUGAUCCCGGAAAUGAAAGAUGGGACUGUCCGAACUGCCAUUGAUACUGGAUGUGGGGUUGCCAGUUGGGGAGGUGAUUUACUGGAUCGCGGGAUUCUAACAGUGUCUCUUGCACCUAGAGAUAACCAUGAAGCUCAAGUCCAAUUUGCUCUGGAACGUGGGAUUCCUGCAAUUCUCGGCAUCAUUUCAACACAGCGGCUUCCUUUCCCUUCGAACUCAUUUGAUAUGGCUCAUUGCUCAAGAUGCCUUAUUCCGUGGACUGAAUUCGGUGGUAUUUACCUUCAAGAAGUACACCGUAUACUUCGUCCUGGAGGCUUUUGGGUUCUUUCUGGUCCUCCUGUGAACUAUGAAAACCGGUGGAGAGGAUGGAACACGACUGUGGAAGAGCAGAAAUCAGAUUACGAGAAGCUGCAAGAUUUGCUCACUUCAAUGUGCUUCAAAUUGUAUAACAAAAAGGAUGACAUUGCAGUGUGGCAGAAAUCUUCAGAUAACGACUGCUAUAAUAAGCUUAGCCCAGAGACCUACCCACCCAAGUGUGAUGAUGGCACCGAACCAGAUGCAGCAUGGUACACUCCACUUCGGCCUUGUGUUGUUGUUCCAAACCCGAACCUUAAGAAACUAGCUUUAGAUUCAAUCCCUAAAUGGCCAAAGAGAUUGCACGUUACACCUGAGCGCAUCUCAGAUGUUCAUGGUGGCAGUGCUGGUACUUUCAAGCAUGAUGACAGCAAGUGGAAAGUGCGGGUGGAGCAUUAUAAGAAGCUACUUCCUGCAAUCGGGACAGAUAAAGUAAGAAAUGUGAUGGACAUGAAUACAAUUUACGGAGGUUUUUCUGCAGCUGUGAUUGAUGAUCCUUUGUGGGUCAUGAAUGUGGUGUCUUCCUAUGCUGCUAACACACUUCCUGUUGUAUAUGACCGGGGCCUCAUUGGAACCUACCACGACUGGUGUGAAGCUUUCUCAACAUAUCCACGAACAUAUGAUCUCCUUCACCUCGAUGGCCUCUUUAGUGCUGAAAGCCAUAGAUGUGAUAUGAAGUUUAUGCUCUUGGAAAUGGAUCGGAUACUGCGCCCUAAUGGGUAUGCAAUAAUCCGGGAAUCCAGCUAUUUUGUGGAUGCUGUUGCUACCAUCGCCAAGGGGAUGAAAUGGGGGUGCCGUAAAGAAAGCACAGAGUAUGACAUGGAGAAGGAGAAGGUAUUGAUUUGCCAAAAGAAACUUUGGUAUUCCUCUAAGCAGAGCUCAAGAUAAAGAAAACACAAAAAAUUCAAGUUCUGGUGACAAGCCUCUUGCUGGGAUGAGUUAUAUUUAUAAUACAAGGCCUAGGACAAAGAAGUAAGUUCCACACAGCUCAUAAAGAGAUUUGAUUUUUCCAUAAGAAUCUUGCAAUUCAAAAUUUAUCAAUUGAAAAGUUAUUUAGCCAAUAAUCUUAUUUUGUUAUUUUUUAGUGCCUUCUGAUAUAAUGUAUUCUUUCGCAAGGCAUACCGGGAAAUGUCCCAUUCAUUGUUGGGUUUUUCCUCUUUCCAUUUGUUGUUUACUCUUUCACUAAAUGUUCGUUAAAUCCGGAUGUGAAAUAUAUAUGUAAGGGGUUGAAAAGUAAUACCAAUUACAGGGCUUUAAUUUUUAUGUAACUAAUGAAA